CAGUGACGGCGCCACUUUUUAUUUUUUGGGGGGUGCUACAUCUCCAUCUGUGCUGGAGGACAACAACAACAACUCACCACGAGCCAAUAAUGACAGAAAAGAGGACCAAGUGGACUCCGUAGUCGUGGGUGCUCACCCGCUUCCCAGUUGUAAGGUUAUCAUGGAGAAGUCCUUGGCAGAGUUCAACAAGGCCGGCUCGCAGUCGACGUCGUCACUCCCGCCCGAGCCGGUGGACAUCGUCCGCAGCAAGUCAUGUUUCCGGAGGGUCCGCCUCAACGUGGGCGGCCUGCCGCACGAGGUCCUGUGGCGAACGCUGGACCGGCUCCCGCGGACGCGUCUGGGCAAGCUGCAAGACUGCAGCAGCCAUGAGUCUCUGAUGGAGGUGUGCGACGACUACAACCUGGAUGAGAACGAGUACUUUUUCGACCGUCACCCGGGCGCCUUCACAUCCAUCCUCAACUUCUACCGCACGGGAAAGCUGCACAUGAUGGAGGAGAUGUGCGCCCUGUCCUUCAGCCAAGAACUGGACUACUGGGGCAUCGAUGAAAUCUACCUAGAGUCCUGCUGCCAGGCCAGGUACCACCAGAAGAAAGAGCAGAUGAACGAGGAGCUCAAAAGGGAGGCGGAUAAUUUAAAAGACAGAGAUGGGGACGAAUUCGACAACACGUGCUGUGCGGAGAAACGGAAGAAACUGUGGGACCUCCUGGAGAAACCCAGCUCGUCUGUUGCUGCAAAGAUCCUGGCUAUCAUCUCUAUCCUCUUCAUCGUGUUGUCCACCAUCGCAUUGUCUCUCAACACUCUACCAGAGCUGCAGGACACAGAUGAGUUCGGCCAGUCCACCGACAACCCACAGCUGGCCCACGUGGAAGCUGUGUGCAUUGCCUGGUUCACCAUGGAAUAUCUGCUGCGCUUCCUCUCUUCUCCCAAUAAGUGGAAGUUCUUCAAGGGUCCUCUGAACGUCAUCGACCUGCUGGCCAUCCUACCGUACUACGUCACCAUCUUCCUGACGGAAUCAAACAAGAGUGUGUUGCAAUUUCAGAACGUGCGGCGUGUGGUUCAGAUUUUCCGAAUCAUGCGAAUCCUGCGUAUUCUCAAGCUAGCCCGUCACUCCACAGGACUCCAGUCUCUCGGCUUCACACUUAGGAGAAGCUACAAUGAGCUGGGCUUACUCAUUCUUUUUCUUGCCAUGGGGAUCAUGAUCUUCUCCAGUCUAGUGUUCUUUGCCGAGAAGGAUGAGGAGGACACAAAGUUUAAAAGCAUUCCUGCUUCUUUCUGGUGGGCAACUAUCACAAUGACCACUGUAGGCUAUGGGGACAUCUACCCUAAAACUCUGCUUGGAAAGAUAGUCGGGGGUUUAUGCUGCAUAGCAGGAGUACUUGUAAUAGCGCUCCCUAUUCCAAUUAUUGUAAACAACUUCUCAGAAUUCUACAAGGAGCAAAAGAGACAGGAAAAAGCACUUAAACGUAGAGAGGCCUUGGAGAGGGCAAAGAGAAAUGGUAGCAUUGUUUCCAUGAACUUGAAAGAGGCUUUUGCUCGUAGUGCAGAACUUAUGGAUGUGGUGGUGGAAAAGAAUGAGAGGUCUCAUGAUAACCACCUCUCACCAAGCCGUUGGAAAUGGACUCCCAAGAGAGCUGUUUCAGAAACGAGCUCCAACCGUUCUUUCAUUGCCCAAGAAUUAGGAUCUCCAAUCAAGUGCAGAAACAGCAGCCCCCAAAAGUUAAACGUUCAGAAGCUGGAGGAGAUGUACACGCAAAUGGCCAAGACCCAAUCACAACCAAACCUCAAUGCUAAAGGUUCCAGGGUUGGAAAGCAAAGGGACGAGAUAGAGCUGGGAGCUAUACAGGAUCACGGUCCACCAAUGCUGGUAACCAGAGACGGUGUCGGUGACAUGAAAAGUUUAUCCAGCAUUGACAGCUACAUCAGUUGUGCUACAGACUUCCAGGAGAAUCCACGCUUCCCUCAUAGCACAGCAAUGGACCUUUGCCACAGCGAUAUCAACCGGUUAUCACAUAGUCCAGCUAUAGCCCUUCCCCAACACUCUCUGCCAAAAACAGGCCAGCAAAGCACCGGAACAUCUAAGCUGACUCCCAUCACCGUUCCCAAACCCACAUGCUCUGAAAAUGCAAGGAGAUUCUUAUUCUCUGGCAAUGCCCCAAAAAGUAUUUUCUCUAAGGGAGGCUAUCACAAUGAGAAGGAGCCUGGACCGUCGCCACUCUCAGACAGCUCCGUCCUGUCUGACCACUCACUGCUGAGUCCCGAAAUUUCCAUCUACACCACGGCCAGCAGCAGGACGCCGCCAAAGUCCCCAGAGAGUGCCACCCUGGCCCCGACCGUCUUCACCUUCCACGACUCAUCUAUCAGCAAAUAUAUCGACGCCGACACUGACGACGAUGAGCACCUGCGUGACAUCUCCGACGCUAGCCCCACAGAUUGCCUGCUGAGUGGCUCCAGCCCCAAACGCAGCAUCAACAUCAACUACCAGAGAGCCACCAACCAUUUGGAGGCUGCCCAGAAAAUGCUGGGACAAAACUGUCUAUUCCCCCGGGAAGGAAUUUGCGGGGUUCCUCACGAGAAUCACGUGGGUCCAGAGGUAGGACGUAGACAAAAGAAGGAAAGGGGGCGACAAAAUACUUUGGACAAAAGCCACUGAGGUAUGAGUGAGUAAGUAUAAAACAUAAACCAGAGCACGAGUGCUUGUGACAGAGACACCAAACACUCAAAAAGCCAGACAGACAAAGGGGAGUAACAAAGUUUAACUGUUUUACAAAUCACCUGAGCAUGCCAAUGGGCCAUGUGCUCAGGGAGAACACGAGGGCCGAAUACUCGGGGAGAAACAUUUGGAAAAUUUCACUGCCCCUCUUUUGACCCAUUCCAAUCAAGAGGUAGUAUUCCGCAGCCUCCUAGCAAAGAAGCACCCCAAUGUAGCCAGCAGGUCUGUUCAGCGAUCCCAUGAGUCGUUUUGAGUAAAUCCAACUAAGUUUUGUGGUGUGGUUGAGGCUGAGGGUUAUCGCUACAUUCUCCUGUAAGAACAGUCCCAGCGGAACUAGUUUCAUAGUCUUGGAGAUACAGGAGAGAGCUAAAGUCUUCUAAGCUACUUCUUCUAGCCCUGCAUUCCCAUACCUGGCCUUAGUCAUUUGCAGUUGUUGGGGGCGUGCAUGUCUGCAUUUGCGUGUGCGCAUGUGGUGAUGACUGCUGAUGGAUGCCGAUGCAAAUUCAUGUGUAUACAGGUCAAAAGAUUGUCCAAUCUGAUUUAUUUUUUUAUAAAGAUAAAAUACCUACUAGAUAUUGGUUAUUUGAUAGU